GAAUGAGCGACUCAAGCGCAUCCCCAUUACGCUCACCAGAGGAUGAGGAGCUACUCGCAAAAUCAUCGAGAAUACGAUUAUGGGUUACAAAGAGAAUGAAAGAGCUCGAGGAUCAAAACGAACGACUUCGGGCUCAAAACUUGCGGUGUACUACACAACUUCAAAUGCUCCGUAGUUUUACGGAAAAGUCGAGAAAGAUCAAGGCAGAAAUGGAGAUGAGCAGAAGUAUCACAGGCACUUUGCCAGUACUUCGGGAUGAAAAUCGAACUUCAGAUGAUAGUGGACUGACUUCAGACGACGCAGAUCGAAAACAAAUGAGUGUCAGUAUAUCUGAAUGUACUCCACGAGUUCAAAGAAAAGCUGCUCGAACAAUGUUGAAAAACACGUCUCAAGGGUCUUCCACGUCCGAAUCUUCGCCUUGUGAGGAUGAAGCUAAACCGAUGCCGUUGCCGAGAAGAAUACAUCCAACUGCAACAGAGCGGGAUAGCUUAAACUCCUAUGCGGAAGAUUACGAGUAUGACAUUGAAGAAUCCUCAUUUGAACGACAUGAAGAACAAGUUAGAAAUGAAAAUGAAAAAUAUGUGGACUAUGUGAAUCUUCAUGAAUUCGUUGCUAUCAAAGAUGAUAAAGUUGUCUAUUCGGAAAUUGUGAAGCAUAGAUCUACGGAGAAAGAGUAUCUUCCAGCACUUCCAUCACACCAGCCAAGACAAUGGGAGAAUCGAUUAAUACAAGCCGCUGAAAAGUGUCUGUCUGUAAUUGAUGGUGCAGAUUCUGAAGGAACAUCGACUGGACCAUCUGUGUCACCAUAUCAUGUUUCGGAUGUUUCAAGGAUUUCAUCAAAUAACCGAACUGAAUCACCUGGAUCUAGAAAAUCAUCGAAACUAUCUCGAAACUCUUCCCCGCGUGUUCCAUCACAUCAUUCUUAUGAAGAUGGAGCUGCAUAUGCAAUCAGAGAUUUAUGUUUAGGAAGUGAUUAUUAUCUUCCACCAGAUGCUUCAUCAAGAUGUUCCGGUGGUACUCCAACAUCUCGAACAUCUUUAAUACCGUCUAGGGAGACAAUGGAAAAAUCUGGAUACUGGACACAACUGACAGAUAGUCGAAUAAAAUCCCUGAAAAGAAGAUAUGUGGUAUUUAAAAAUGGACAAAUCAGUUUUUAUAGAAAACAUAACAAUCGAGACGAGGAACCUGCAUCAAAAAUCAGUAUAUCAGAUAUUCGAUCUGUCACAAAACUUGAGCAACAAGGAGCAGCUUAUGCCUUUCAAUUGAUAACUUCUACAGACAAAAUGAAUUUUAUGACAGAAAGUGAAAGAACUACUCAUGAUUGGGUCACGAUACUUUCGGCUGCAAUUAAAGCAACAACCCUACGUGAAAUGGCAAGUCGAGUUACUCCAAUAGAUGCUUCAAUAAGUGGCUGGUUAACACGUGUCAAAUGUGGACUCUCGAAGAAAGUGUUCGCUGCUCUUGUUAAUCAAAAACUGAUGUUCUUCAAAAACUCAAAUGAUCUUGUUCCAAAUGGAUUUUUGUGUCUACAAGGCGCCCAAAUUAGUGAGAAACACAAUGGAACGGAAGAAUAUUCAGGAAGUAGCGAUGAACAACUGGAAACAACCAAAGAACAUCCCAAUCAAAGAAAAAAUAAUGACAGUUUAUGUGUUCAAAUUGCAAACGAAGAUCCUGUUUAUUUGAUAUUAAGAACUUCUGAAGAUAAGGAAAAGUGGUUAUACUACCUGAAAUCUGCAAGCGGGACCGCGGCACUAUGUGGUACACCAUUUGAGAUUUUGGUUCAGAGAAUGAUGGCUGAAAAUGUGGCAAACGAUUCCCCACUAUGGAAAGAUCUUUUGUUCGCAUCCGGCGAAGAAAUUCCAAAAGACACAAUGACUUCCGUAGAUCAUAGUGAUCGGAAAAAAACGCUCGAGAUCGCUAGAGCUUGCCAACUAUUUGUGUCAGUUUUGAUGCGAGCACAAGCCACCCAAUACCAUAUUGAUCUUGCACAAAACAUACUCUCAACUGCAGUUCAACAGGAAUAUCUGAGGAAUGAAGUUUAUUCUCAACUUAUAAAAAUGACAAGUGGAAGUAUGCCUUUUGGACUUCAAGGAUGGAAGUUGUUGGCUUUGACGAUUCCAUUGUUUCUUCCAAAGCAGUACUCUCUACUUUGGUUGCUGAAGAGGCAUAUUUCUCGCUGGGUGGAUCUUCCAAACGAAUCCGAUGAAACUCGAAUGGCCAUUUUCUGUGAAAGUGCAUUGGACAGAUGUCUUCGUGUUGGAGGUAGACAGGAAGGUCCCAGUCGAUUGGAAGUUACAUCUGUUCUAACAAGAGAUGUGACCCGUACAAAAUUUCCCCAUUCAAUCUCUGUAAAGCUUCCGAAUUCCGAAUAUCAAAUUGUUGAGUUUGAUGGUUCAACUGAAAUUGGUCAGUGUCUUUCUUCACUUUGCCUGAAACUUGGAAUGCGUCCUGCUCUUCUAUCUGGAUAUGCUCUUUAUAUGAACGACCCAAUGACUCAUAGCUUAUUACUUCUCAAAGGAAAACAAAAGCUAUGUGAUGCAUUGUCAACAUGGGAAACACGAUCAAGAGAUGCUCAAAGGGGAAGAGUUAUAUCUGAUUGUGCAGCAGCAUUGUCACUUCGAAUGAGACAUUAUUGGGGCCAUUUGGCACUGACAGAAACUCCAAUUGAACGACAAUUUUUGGUAUGGAGAGCAUCAGAGGAGAUUGUUAAUGGAAGAAUUCCAUUGAGCAAUCAACUUUGUGAGAGUUUAGCAGCAUUAUAUGCACAAAUGGUAUUCGGAGAUGCAAAUCAGUCAUUAUCGGAUCAACAAUUUGAGUUCAUAAGUCAACGAUUUUAUCCCUCAAAGAUGUUGGAUGUGGCUUGUAUAAAAAGUUUGAGACUCCAAAUCAAUUCAAACUGGAGUGAACUUAUCGGAAUGAGUGAAAAUGAAUGUGUCCGUGUUAUUCUUCAAGUUCUCGGAAAAUGGCCUCUAUUUGGAUCAGAUCUUCACGAAGCUUCAAUGAGAACAGACAACGAGAGGAAAAUAUAUUUGGCUCUUAAUGACCACUCGGUCAGUCUUUUGGAUAGGAGACAUUUUGACGUCAUCCGCACAAUACCCUACAGUAGUCUUUCAACAUUUGGUCAAUUUCAACAAGACUUCAUGCUUACAAUAAUACGGCCUCUAACACCAGGAUCUCAUCCAGAUGAAGCUCCAAAAGAACGGCUCACAUUUUCAAUGCAAAAGAAUGAAAUCGAACAACUGACACUUCAUCUCGCAGAAUACAUCAGAUGCCAGAAACUUGUUUGGAAAGUUUCUAAAUAAUUUAUUAUUACAUUUCAAAAAUGUUUCUUUUUUUGUUGUUUAAAAUUAUAUUUCAACCAAAAAUUCACUUUUUUCUUGAGUGCUCUUUUCCUGAUACGGUGGUACAAUCAUUUGUGGUUCUGUUCUAUCUUUAUUUAAUAUUUAUUUCAUUUAAUGGCUUUUCGUUAUUAUAACAAUUUUUAAUUUUAAUAAUAAACGAUUUAAGAAA